CCCAUUCAAACCAACCUUUCUCUCUACUUAGAAUCUUCACCUCGCUGUCUUCAAAUGUGUGGUUUGUAGCUUUUAGAUGCAAAUGCAUGGCGCUCUGCAAUCCUGAGUUAGCGUGUCGGCUGUGCUGUAUUGAUGAUAGUUUCUCUGUGAGGCCCGUUAACAGUCCAGUUCCAUCCAGAUGAAUGUUUGUAUUCAUCACAUCGCUGUGUGGUUAUUUAAAGGUGGAGUCUGCGAUUCUAAUCACGUCUGUUAAGGAGUUCUGCUGCUGUGUGUUUGACAUUAAAGACGUUUAGCAGCUCAUGGAAGAGAUGUUUGACAGAUGAAACAAAUGAUACACAACUGCCGGAUAUGAAACAAUGUUCCAGCCAUGAUCUGUGCGUCAGUGACGUUAAAUGACUUGCCCACGGACAUUCAGCUGACUUUCUAGUUUGCCAAGAUCUGCUGCUGUUGUGAUGUUAGCUAUAGCAGCAGGAGAGUUGUGAGCGUCGCUGUCUGGAGCUGCUGUGCUGCUCUGGGAAACCGUCUCGUCCUCUCUGGCUGUUAGCUUCACAGCAGCAACUGUAGCGACAGUUUGCUAACCCACAACCUAGCUAACGUCAGUUACAAUACUUGCUGUGUCGCUGUUUGCUAUAUCAUGGUAUCUGUCAUGCUAUUGGAUUUCUCCAGAAUCGCAGACCCAACCUUUAAUGAAUGUGUUUAAUAUUUUAGUAAAUGUGUUCAGUUUGUAAUAUUGUAUCUACAAUCAUUAAAUCUGCCUGACACAACUUUCAGUCAGUAAUGGAGCAUUGACACAGAUGCUAAAUGUAAUGUAAUCUUAUUGUGAAAAUCUGCUCGGGUUCCCGCCCUUCCUACCUGGCCUGCUUCCAUUACAGGUGCAGCUCUGAUUCAUUCCAGGAAACAGCUCACCUGUGGAAGCCUUUUAUCUGCAGGCGUCAAGUGAGAGUCUUCUUCUUCAACCCUUCGGACUGUGUGAAGAAACUGAGUGUUGGUUUCUGUUGCUCCUCUAUAAAAGUCAACAAGAACUUUGCGCUUUAGUUUCCUUCAGAAGAGCAGCCGUUAAAUGGAGAUGACCGGUUCUCUGUGAGGCUGAUUCUCUAAAGUCUGUUAGUGGACCUGGACUUUAUUUAUUAUUAUUCUUGAUAAUAGAUAAUAGAUAUUAUUUAGUCGCAGUACAGUCAGGCAGCUCCAGGUGUGCUGAAGAGUUAUCACCUGAGCCGAGCUGCUGCUGUUCCCUGUUGAAAGUUUCCUUUCACUUCCUCUGCUCCUCGUGUCGCAGAUAGUUUUCUCCUCUGAAGCUGCAGCUGAAGGUAAUGUAACCCAUCUGAAGUGUUUGACUCGUUAACACAAGCUGUCGGCAGCUUAGUUCCACAGAAACAGCAGAAAGCUGCCGCUCUGAGUUUCACUGGAAACUCGGGACUACAAAUAUCCGCCAUGUUGUGUCGGAGUCAGCAGAGUCAGCUGAUCCUCAGCAGCUGCUUUAGAGACAGCAGGAAGGAGCUUCAACGUUUUACUUUUUAAUGAAAUCAAUCAAUAUGUAACCAGUGUUGCCAACUCUUUUCCAGCUUGAACUGUGUGUCUGUAGAUGAAUGUCACGUGUUUGCAUGUUCAGCUGAGCUGCUGUGCUCCGACUAAAAGACUGUUGGUUCCAUUAGCUCAGCACUUCAUUUGAAUUCAUUCAUUAGAAGAGAACCAGCUGCACACUGUCUCCAUCUGAAGCUGGGAUUAAGGCCUAGAAUUAAUUUCUUUUUUUAUGUAAUUAAUGUUUUUAAAAAUGAUGUGUUUGUUUCCAAUGAUGGGGAAAUGAUGUAAUGUUUAUCUCAACUGUUGCUGUGAAAUAAUCAGCUGUAGCUUGUUGCAUCGAGUCCUUUUCUACAGGGACUCUGUAGACGGAGAGGUUCUGUCAGACCACAUCAGUCCACCUCAGCCCCUCUGUGUGUCAGUGAAGGUAAAUCUGCACUUCACUGCAGCUUCAUGACGCCAUCUAGUGGCCUGAUAGUAGAAGUCCAGCAGCUGAUGGCAGCUUCCUCUGCCUCACUGCUGUCUGACUGCAUUCAGCUGACACUGAUAUGAAACAGAAAGUAACAGCCAAUCACUGGAGGAGCAGCUGAUCUUCUUACAGGAGAAAUGAUGGAAAGGAGGAUUUCAGUUGAUGUGCAGAUGAAGGAUUUGUGUUUCCUCUCCAGAUCAAAGUGUGUGUGAGCUGAUGUGGAUGUGAGUUCAGCAGCAUGAAUCAGUGUGAGGACAGAGAGGAGGGAGCCCCUCCCUCUAAAACCAGUCUGUGUGGGGAACAUGGCAGCCAGACCAGAGCUCAGAGGCCAGAGCAGCUGAGACCAGACUCUGCUGGACCUGAACCUGGACCUGAGCCUGGACCUGGACCGGAGCCCAGCUGUGUGUCCUUGAAGAGUGACUGGUCAAUUGGUAGCCUCAUUGAUUUUAAAGGACGACAACCCUCUGCUGCAAAGAGAGUCGACCAGGAGAGCUCAGAGGUUCCCAGUGGUCAGUCUGCCCAGCAGCAUCAAACACACCUGGACUCCAUAUUUAUGCUGCUGAAGGAGGACAUUUUCACUUUUGCGAAGAACGAGCUGAAGAAGAUGCAGAAGGUUCUGAGUUCAGAUUACCCAGAAUGCUUAGAGAGUCAGAGGGAGGAUGAGGAGGUGUUGGAAUGUGAGGAUGAAGAGCAGAGGAGGAGCAGCAGAGAGGCAUUUCUGAACAUCACACUGCACUUCCUGAGAAGAAUGAAGCAGGAGGAGCUGGCUGACCGUCUGGAGAUCAGAAGUCAUUCUGGAGUUUGUCAGCGUAAACUUAAAUCUAACCUGAAGGAGAAGUUCCAGUGUAUGUUUGAGGGGACCACUAAAGCAGGAAACCCAACCCCUCUGAACCAGAUCUACACAGAGCUCUACAUCACAGAGGGAGGGAAUGGAGAGGUCAACGAUGAACAUGAGGUCAGACAGAUUGAAACAGCAUCCAGGAAACCAGACAGACCAGAAACAACAAUCAGACAAGAAGACAUCUUUAAACCCUCACCUGGAAGAGAUGAACAAAUCAGAACAGUGAUGACAAAGGGAGUGGCUGGCAUUGGGAAAACAGUCCUAACACAGAAGUUCACUCUGGACUGGGCUGACGACAAAGCCAACCAGGACAUACACUUCACAUUUCCAUUCACUUUCAGAGAGCUGAAUGUGCUGAAAGAGGAAAAGUUCAGCUUGGUGGAACUUGUUCAUCACUUCUUUACUGAAACCAAAGAAGCAGGAAUCUGCAGGUUUGAAGAGUUCCAGGUUGUGUUCAUCUUUGACGGUCUGGAUGAGUGUCGACUUCCUCUGGACUUCCACAACAAUGAGGUCCUGACCGAUGUUACAAAGUCCACCUCAGUGGAUGUGCUGCUGACAAACCUCAUCAGGGGGAACCUGCUUCCCUCUGCUCGCCUCUGGAUAACCACACGACCUGCAGCAGCCAAUCAGAUCCCUCCUGGGUGUGUUGACAUGGUGACAGAGGUCAGAGGGUUCACUGACCCACAGAAGGAGGAGUACUUCAGGAAGAGAUUCAGAGAUGAGGAGCAGGCCAGCAGAAUCAUCUCCCACAUCAAGACAUCACGAAGCCUCCACAUCAUGUGCCACAUCCCAGUCUUCUGCUGGAUCACUGCUACAGUUCUGGAGGAGGUGUUGAAGACCAGAAAGCGGGGAGAGCUGCCCAAGACCCUGACUGAGAAGUACAUCCACUUCCUGGUGGUUCAGUCCAAAAUGAAGAAUAUCAAGUAUGAUGGAGGAGCUGAGACAGAUCCACACUGGAAUCCAGAGAGCAGGAAGAUGAUUGAGUCUCUGGGAAAACUGGCUUUUGAUCAGCUGCAGAAAGGCAACCUGAUCUUCUAUGAAUCAGACCUGACAGAGUGUGGCAUCGAUAUCAGAGCAGCCUCAGUGUACUCAGGAGUGUUCACACAGAUCUUUAGAGAGGAGAGAGGGCUGUACCAGGACAAGGUGUUCUGCUUCGUCCAUCUGAGCGUUCAGGAGUUUCUGGCUGCUCUUCAUUUCCAUCUGACCUUCCUCAACUCUGAUGUCAAUCUGCUGUCAGAAGAACAAACAACAUCCUGGUGGUCUAAAACAAGAAAACACAAAUUUACAGUGACACAGUUCUACCAGAGUGCUGUGGAUCAGGCCUUACAGAGUCCAAAUGGACACUUGGACUUGUUCCUGCGCUUCCUCCUAGGACUUUCACUGCAGACCAAUCAGACUCUCCUACAAGGCCUGCUGACACAGACAGGAAGUAGGUCAAAAACCAAUCAGGCAACGGUCGAGUACAUCAAGAAGAAGAUCGAAGAGACUCCCUCUGCAGAGAAAAGCAUCAAUCUGUUCCACUGUCUGAAUGAAGUGAAUGAUCGUUCUCUAGUGGAGCAGAUCCAACAGUCCCUGAGUUCAGGAAGUCUCUCCACAGAUAAACUGUCUCCUGCUCAGUGGUCAGCUCUGGUCUUCAUCUUACUGUCAUCAGAAAAAGAUCUGGACGUGUUUGACCUGAAGAAAUACUCUGCUUCAGAGGAGGCUCUUCUGAGGCUGCUGCCAGUGGUCAAAGCCUCCAACAAAGCUCUACUGAGUGUCUGUAACCUCUCAGAGAGAAGCUGUGAAGCUCUGUCCUCAGUUCUCAGCUCCCAGUCCUCUAGUCUGAGAGAGCUGGACCUGAGUAACAAUGACCUGCAGGAUUCAGGAGUGAAGCUGCUAUCUACCGGACUGGAGAGUCCACAUUGUAAACUGGAAACUCUCAGGCUGUCAGGCUGUCUGAUCACAGAGGAAGGCUGUGCUUCUCUGGCCUCAGCUCUGAGCUCCAACCCCUCCCAUCUGAGAGAGCUGGACCUGAGCUACAAUCAUCCAGGAGACUCAGGAGUGAAGCUGCUGUCUGCUGGACUGGAGGAUCCACACUGGAGACUGGACACUCUCAGGGUGGAGCCCGGUGGAGUCCGAUGGCUGAGACCAGGUCUGAGGAAGUAUUCCUGUGAACUCACACUCGACACAAACACAGUGAACAGAAACAUCAAACUGUCUGACGACAACAGGAAGGCGACACAUGUGAAGGAGGUUCAGCCAUAUCCUGAUCAUCCAGACAGGUUUGACUACUGGCCUCAGCUGCUGUGUAGAAAUGGUCUGACUGGUCGCUGUUACUGGGAGGUCGAGUGGAGAGGAGAUGUUGAUGUAUCAGUGAGUUACAGAGGAAUCAGCAGGAGAGGACGCAGAGAAGACUGUGUGUUCGGAAGGAAUGAUCAGUCCUGGAGACUGAACUGCUCUGAUGGUCGUUACUCUGUCUGUCACAAUAACAGAGAAACAUCCAUCUCCUCCUCCUCCUCCUCCUCCUCCUCCUCCUCCUCCUCCUCCUCCUCCUCCUCCUCUGUCUCUCACAGAGCAGCAGUGUAUGUGGACUGUCCUGCUGGCACUCUGUCCUUCUACAGAGUCUCCUCUGACACACUGAUCCACCUCCACACCUUCAACACCACAUUCACUGAACCUCUUUAUCCUGGCUUUGGGUUCUGGUUCUGGUCCAGGUCUGGUUCCUCAGUGUCUCUGUGUUCUCUAUAGGAGGGAGAGUCUCCUCCUGUUAGAGAAACACAUCAGUUGAGUCUGUACAGGAUCACAGCUACAGAAAUCUUUCAGGUUAUUGUAAUAAAUUAAUCAAUGAACUUAAAGGGAUUUUCAAACAUUCCUCAUUUCCACUGUAAACUUGUUCCACUUCCAGUCCUUUAAAGAUGGCCGCUCAUUUCCACUGUAAACUUGUACCACUUCCAGUCCUUUAAAGAUGGCCGCUCUGAUCAUUAAAUGGUGGAAAUGCC